AUGUUCUCUGCCAUGCUGAUGGACGCCUACCGCGACGAACGCCCCGGGAUCCGCAUCGCCUACAGGAUGGACGGUCGUCUCCUGAAUCAACGGCGCAUGAACUUCCAAUCGCGUGUAUCCACAGCCACCGUGCACGAACUCCUCUUCGCCGACGACUGCGCCCUGAACACCACCUCCGAAGCGGAGAUGCAACGGAGCAUGGACCUAUUCUCCGCCGCCUGCGAGAACUUUGGGCUGGUUAUCAACACGCAGAAGACGGUGGUGAUGCAUCAGCCGCCUCCCAACUCAGCCACAGCCCCCAACGCGCCGCAAAUCAACGUAAAUCGGACUCAACUGCAAGUGGUAGAGAACUUCCCGUACCUGGGCAGCACGCUCUCCCGCAACACCAAGAUCGACGACGAAGUCGCCAACAGGAUCUCGAAAGCCAGUCAAGCCUUCGGUCGCCUCCAAAGCACAGUUUGGAAUCGUCAUGGUCUCCAACUGAGCACAAAGCUGAAGAUGUACAAGGCCGUCAUCCUGCCGACGCUACAGUACGGAGUGGAGACCUGGACGGUGUACGCGAGGCAGGCACGUCGACUAAACCACUUCCACCUCAGCUGCCUCCGCCGCAUCCUGAGACUGAACUGGCAGGACCGCAUCCCCGACACCGAAGUGCUGGAACGGACGGGAAUUCUGAGCAUCUACUCCAUGUUGAGACAAAUGCAGCUUCGCUGGAGCGGCCAUCUGGUGCGCAUGGACGACGAGCGACUACCCAAACGACUCUUCUACGGAGACGUCGCGACGGGUUCUCGUCGUCAAGGAGGCCAAAUUCGCCGUUACAAGGAUACCCUGAAGUCCUCCCUGAAGCGCCUGCACAUCAACCCGACCAACUGGGAAGAGCUCGCCCGCAAUCGUCCGACAUGGAGGAGAACAGUGAAGACGGCGCUGCUAUCUACGAAGCCAACCGCAUCGCCGCCGCCAAAGCGAAACGCGAAGCCCGCAAAUCACAACUUCGCCCAAUACGCAACGCCGCCGCACAACCUCUCCCUACAUGUCCUCGAUGUCAACGAACAUUCCGGGCACGAAUCGGACUUGUUGGACAUCUUCGAACCAACUGCACCUCUCGAACUGCUCCAGCCAUCGUCCCUCAGCCCGCCGUUUCCUCGUCCUCUGUGCCGCCAACUAACUCUGACACUCCUUCUGCACCACCACUUCCAUCCUCCUCCUUCUCCUCCACUGCCCCAGCGGUGGCCGUUCAGGCUGCCGUCUCACACAUCGCCAACCACGACACAACAACCGCAACCACCCCCACCCCUCCCGAUUCCAGUGAUGAGGAUCAGGACUACACCUGCCCUCACUGUGACCGCACCUUCACCUCAAACAUCGGCCUGGUCGGUCACUUGCGAAUCCAUCGCACAGAGACUGGCGAACCAGUGCGUGGAGCACCAACCUACACUCACCGCACUCGCCUCCACUGCCCACACUGCCCUCGCACCUUCACGCAUCGCAUGGGUCUAUUCGGCCACAUGCGCAUCAAAGAGAGCGGAAUUGACCACAAUUCCGAUACAGCCACGACAUCCAACACAUCCACCACGCCCAGACCCAUCCUCGCUCCACCGUCACGCGCGCCGACCACCACCACCGCCACCACCAGCAACACCACUGCUUCCUCUACAGCUGACACCGACACCGCCGACCUCUGAUGCCCACAUUGUCCACGCACCUUCACCUCACGCAUCGGCCUGGUCGGUCACUUGCGAAUCUAUCGCACAGAGACUGGCGAACCAGUGCCUGGAGCACCAACGUACACCCACCGCACUCGCCUCCACUGCCCACACUGCCCUCGCACCUUCACGCAUCGCAUGGGUCUAUUCGGCCACAUGCGCAUCCACGACGACCUGCGGUAGACAACCGCCGGUCACACCACACAUUCCCUCACUCCCUACCUCCUAA